AUGGGUGUUCAUUCAUUUUGGGAUAUUGCAGGUCCCACGGCUAGACCGGUGAGGUUGGAAUCCCUAGAAGACAAGAGGAUGGCAGUAGAUGCCUCCAUUUGGAUAUAUCAGUUUUUGAAAGCCGUCCGUGAUCAGGAGGGAAAUGCGGUGAAGAAUUCUCACAUUACUGGGUUCUUCAGAAGAAUUUGUAAGCUAUUAUACUUUGGAAUCAGGCCGGUGUUCGUGUUUGACGGUGGUGUGCCCGUAUUGAAAAGGGAAACUAUACGGCAAAGGAAAGAAAGAAGACAAGGAAAACGAGACAGUGCGAAAUCUACCGCUAGAAAGCUGCUGGCUUUGCAAUUGCAAAACGGCUCAAACGAUAGCGCAAAAAAUUCCACACCGAAUAAUGGCAGUAGUGUGCAGAUCUUCAAACCUCAGGACGAAUGGGAUCUGCCCGAUAUACCGGGGUUUAAAUACGACAGGGAAGAUGCAAGAGUUGAUUCUACUAAAACUUUUGAAAGGCUCAUGAAUUCGAUAGAUGGUGAUGGAUUGGAAGACAUUGAUCUGGACACCAUAAAUCCGGCAUCGGCUGAGUUUGAGGAGCUGCCAAAGGCUACACAGUAUUUGAUAUUAUCGUCUUUGAGGCUGAAAUCCAGACUGAGGAUGGGAUACUCGAAGGAGCAAUUGGAAACCAUUUUCCCAAAUAGCAUGGAUUUUUCAAAAUUUCAAAUAGAUAUGGUCAAAAGAAGGAAUUUUUUCACUCAGAAAUUGAUUAAUACCACUGGGUUCCAGGAUGGCGGAGCGUCUAAACUGAACCAGGAGGUGAUCAAUAGGAUAUCUGGUCAAAAAAAUAAAGAGUACAAGUUGACAAAGACUGAUAAUGGGUGGAUUCUUGGGUUAGGGUCAAAUGAUGGUUCUGAUGCCCAAAAGGCAAUCGUAAUAGACGAUAAAGAUUCAGGCGCCUUGAUAAAGCAGUUAGAUGGUAAUGCUGAAGACGGCGACGUGCUCCAGUGGGAUGACUUGCAGGAUGGUACCUUUAAAAUAGUGCGAGGUGAGCCUUCUAACAAGACGACAACUCCGCAGAAGAGGAGCAACCGACCGGAAGGUGAGGGAUGGGAUUCUGAUGAAUGUGAGUGGGAAGAAGUGGAACUCAAACCCAAGAGCGUCAAGUUGAUUGAAGAUUUUUCUUUGAAAGCUGCAAGGCUACCUUACAUGGGCCAAUCCGUUAACAGUGCUGGCAGUAAAUCGUUCUUGGACAAAAGACACGAUCAGGCAUCACCCAUCAAAAACACUCCAACAACCAGAAUUAACAGAAUCAGCGUGGAAGACGACAAUGACGACGAUGAAGAUUACCUGAAACAAAUUGAGGAAAUUGAAAUGAUGGAGGCAGUGCAACUUUCUAAGAUAGAAAAGAAACCCGAAUCGGGCGACAAAUCAAAAAUCGCUGAGUCAACAACUUCAAAUGUUGAAGAGUCUCGUUCACCGAUAUUGCAGUAUGGAUCACUUGGGGCACAACCGGACCGUAAGCAACUACAUCAUGUGACAAAUUUGAAUAGCACAUCAGAAUCAGUCCUUGAAAAGACCAGCAAUACAACUAUUCCGGAGUUUAGAUUGCCGUCUGAGCUGAAAGAGAAAGGGGCCGUUUUAACAGAAGGGGAGCAAAAUUUGAAUUUCAUUUCUCACAAGAUACCACAAUUUGACUUCAACAACAAAAAUUCCCUGCUUUUUCAAAAUGAAGCUAAGAGUAAUGUGGCCCGAGAGGCUACGAAGGAGAAGCCUCCAAUUCCUGAAAUGCCCAGCUGGUUUUCUUCUACUACCUCCCAGCCAUCGUAUAACCCUUAUAGCACCACCAAUUUUGUGGAAGACAAAAAUGCGAGGAAUAAACAAGAAAGUGGAGCUGAAACUACCGAUAAUGUGAAUAGCUACGAACUUUUGACUGGCCUAAAUGCUGCCGAAAUAUUAGAAAGAGAAACCGAGAUUGAAGAGGGCUCAAAUGACGCAAAAGAUAAUGAUGACUUAGAAGUUUUAUCAGAUGAAGUAUUUGAGGACGUUCCCACCAGGUUUCAGAUAUCGAGGGAAGUGGAGGAUAAUGAUAGUGGAAAAGUCGGGUCUUCAGAUAAGGAGCACAGAGAGCCUCUCGUAUUUGAUUAUGACUUCUCUGAGAAUGAAGAAGAUAACAUAGUAGAAAACAUGAUAAAGGAACAGGAAGAAUUUGAUACAUUUAAAAACACAACUUUGUCGACUUCCGAUGGAAGAAACGUGGCCGAGAAUGCUUUUAUGGAGGACGAAUUAUUCGAACAGCAGAUGAAGGAUAAAAGAGACUCCGAUGAAGUGACUAUGGAUAUGAUCAAAGAAGUGCAAGAAUUACUAUCAAGAUUUGGUAUUCCAUAUAUUACCGCACCUAUGGAAGCUGAAGCACAGUGUGCGGAAUUAUUACAACUGAACCUUGUCGAUGGUAUAAUUACCGAUGAUAGUGAUGUCUUUUUAUUUGGAGGUACAAAAAUUUACAAAAAUAUGUUCCAUGAAAAGAACUAUGUCGAGUUUUAUGAUGCAGAAUCUAUUUUAAAAUUGUUGGGUUUGGAUAGGAAGAAUAUGAUUGAGUUGGCACAGCUUUUGGGGAGUGAUUACACUAAUGGAUUGAAGGGUAUGGGCCCUGUUUCGAGCAUAGAAGUGAUUGCGGAAUUUGGAAACCUAAAGAAUUUCAAAGACUGGUAUAAUAAUGGACAGUUUGAUAAACGUAAGCAAGAGGCGGAAAACAAAUUUGAAAAAGACUUGAGAAAGAAAUUGGUAAAUAAUGAAGUUAUCUUGGACGAUGAUUUUCCGAGUGUCAUGGUUUAUGACGCGUACAUGAGACCAGAAGUGGAUCAUGAUACCACACCGUUUGUUUGGGGAGUGCCAGACCUAGAUAUGCUUCGUUCAUUUAUGAAGAAUCAAUUGGGUUGGCCACACGAAAAGUCCGAUGAAAUUCUCAUUCCCUUGAUUAGAGACGUUAAUAAGCGUAAGAAAAAGGGAAAGCAAAAAAGAAUCAAUGAAUUUUUUCCAAGGGAGUACAUAUCCGGUGAUAAGAAGCUCAACACAAGCAAGAGGAUUUCUACCGCAACAGGUAAAUUAAAGAAAAGAAAGUUGUGA